CAUACAUUUGAUCAAGUUAUAAUUAGUAUUAUGGCUCCCGUAGUCUCAAAAAUUGCCAUAAUCGGAGCUGGUGUUAGCGGCUUAGCAGCUGCUAAACAAGUUUCCCGCCACAACCCCAUUGUUUUCGAAGCCUCAGACUCCAUUGGAGGGGUCUGGAGACAUUGUUCUUACAGUUCCACAAAGCUUCAGUCCCGUCACUGUGAUUAUGAGUUUUCCGACUUCCCUUGGCCGGAAAGGAAUAACGCCAGUUUCCCAUCUCAUACUGAGAUUAUAGAAUAUUUGGACUCCUAUGCUGAGCACUUUGAUUUGCUCAAGUUUGUGAGGUUCAACUCAAAGGUGGUGGAGAUCAAGUUUGUUGGUUCUGAUCACGACUCCCCGGCGGAAGCCGCCACCGAUUUCAUGAGUAAGAAACCGGGCAGCCUUUUGCCAGGACACCCUGUUUGGGAGGUUGCUGUGCAAACCAACCAUUCAAAAGACGUUCAGUGGUACGCCUUCGAGUUCAUUGUGGUUUGCAUUGGAAAGUAUGGGGAUAUACCUAAAAUCCCAGAAUUUCCACACAACAAAGGCCCUGAGCUAUUCCAGGGCCGGGUAUUGCAUUCCAUUGAUUACUGCAAACUUGACAAGGAAUCUACAUCAACUCUGUUAGGAGGGAAGAAGGUUGCAGUCAUUGGCUACAAGAAAUCAGCUAUUGAUCUAGCACUUGAGUGCGCAGAGGCGAACCAAGGACCGGAAGGACAACCAUGUACCUUGGUCGUAAGGACUUUGCACUGGACAAUUCCCGAUUACUGGGUUUGGGGUUUGCCAUUUUUCUUGUUCUACUCAACAAGAUCUUCUCAGUUUCUCCAUGAAAGACCUAACCAAAGCAUUCUCAGAACCCUUCUUUGCCUUCUUUUUUCUCCAAUGAGGCGUGGAGUUUCGAAGUUCAUCGAGUCUUAUCUGCUGUGGAAACUUCCACUGCAGAAGUAUGGACUAAAACCAGACCACCCUUUCGAGGAAGACUAUGCAUCUUGUCAGAUGGCUAUCAUGCCAGAGAAUUUCUUCUCUGAGGCUGAUAAGGGAAAAAUUAUCAUAAAAAAAGCCUCAAAGUGGUGGUUCUCCAAGGAAGGAAUUGAAUUCGAUGAUAACACUAAAGUGGAGGCUGAUGUUGUUGUUCUUGCAACUGGUUAUGACGGCAAGAAAAAGCUCAAAGCCAUCUUACCUGAGCCUUUCCGUAGUUUGCUAGAAUAUCCUUCUGGCGUCAUGCCCUUAUACAGGGGCACAAUCCAUCCAUUGAUUCCAAACAUGGCUUUUGUUGGUUACCUUGAGAGUGUUGCAAACCUUCACUCCUCGGAGCUGCGCUCCAUAUGGCUAGGCCGCCUUUUGGAUAACAAAUUUAAGCUUCCUAGUGUGGAAGAGAUGAUAGAACAGACAAACAAAGAGAUAGACAUCUCAAAGAAGACAACCAGGUUCUAUAAGAGGCACUGUAUUUCUACCUUUAGCAUCAAUCACAGCGAUGAAAUCUGCCAGGAAAUGGGAUGGAACUCUUGGAGGAAGAAAAGCUGGUUUUCAGAAGCAUUUAGCCCCUAUGGCAGUCAAGACUACAACAAGGAGAACUGAAGCAUUACUAGCACUACUGAUGAAAUACAUUAUAAUUACCCUUCAUUAAUAACUUCUAUCCGAGAAUUAAGUUUCUAGCUAGUGUGCUUUUAUCUUGUCAUCAUGAUCAAAGUAAAAGCCAUUUGAAGAUCAAUAUCUAUAUAUUAAUAAUGUAAAGUAGUA